GAAGUCGUUUCGUUUAUGUGAGUUCAAAUUCUAUCGAAAUGCAGUUGGGUUUCAAUAGUCGUAAUGUGGUCAUCCCCUAUAAAAAUGUCGUAGCAUAACAAACAUAGUUUACGAACCUCUAUGGAAUUAUGUCAUCCCUUUUAGCAAGUUCAAUGAAAUUCUAACUUUGUCAAGCAUUGAAAUAUCAAUUCUAAAAAUAAAAAAAUCUAAUUUAUUAGUAGAAAACCGGAACAUUCUCUAAAUGCCACAUGUUAUGCCCUACAUCCAUUGUCGAGUUUGCAUCAGCCAGUUUCGGAGGAAGAAUUUGAACGGCUUCGGUAUAUGCACCACGGCACAUCCAAAAUGCAUCCUUGAGAGGGCUUAUACCGAGCCAUCUAUCCUUGUCGGAGCAAUGUCAAACAUCCAUCCCUUCAUUAGUACAUUAAGGGAACAUAUACUCGGAAGAUCACAAAGCGACGUCAAUGGCCAUGGCGAGCUUUCUAACGACGAUCCAACUGAGUUCCGUGAUCGUUACCCAAUUAGUCACCAGUGCCAACAUGAAAAACUCCACAUGUGAUACCGAUGCCGGAUGCAUCCAACCCUACUACUACAACAACCACAACAACCACAGCUCAUUCAUGCAUUGCGUCAACGGUCGUUGUGAGGAGGAGGAGGAGGAGCGUCAUUGUCAGAACAGUGGGGAUUGUUCGGAAGGACAGGCUUGCAUCAAAGGGAAUUGCAUCCAAAUACCCUUGGGCUCGGUCAAGUUUUGCACAUCAAAUCGGACUUGUCCUCCGGACUUUGUAUGCCAUAUUGCACGCAAUUUGUGUGUUAAAGAACUCUGUCUGAGUGGACGAGACUGUCCGGGAGAUAUGUGGUGCAUUCGCAGGAAAUGUCGGGGUCAACCCUGUACUGAUGAUCGAUUGUGUCCGCCUAAUCAAAUUUGCGAAGCCAACCAUUGUAGUCCACUUCAAACCAAGGCCAAUAGCACGGUGUGCACAUCUCAUGGGGAAUGCCCGAAACGCUCUCGAAUGUGUUCGAAUCGAACCAAGACGUGCACGAGACUGAUGUGUUCCCAAGAUUCAGAUUGUUCCCAAGGCCAAUCAUGUCACCAGGAUCGAUGGUCAGGUUAUUGUUCAGAUUUCACUUGCACGACAAGUCACGAUUGCUUCCCACGAAAUUGUCAAGAAAUCUCGCCGCAAUCUGAAAUAUGUGCCAGUCUCGAGACUUGUCGUGACGGGAAAUGCCAAUUGUCUCCCCCAUGUUGGUACAACUCAGACUGUCCCCAAGACCAUGUUUGCCUGAAGAACGUGUGUGCACAAGUCAUGUGUAAAGAACCCAACCAAUGUCCGAAAAACUCCAAAUGCAAUCCCGAAUCCGGGUUUUGCAAGUCCAUGGAUUGUGUGAGACACGAGGAUUGCUUGGCCAAUCAAAAGUGCCAGCAUCGAAUCUGUGUGGUCCAUAAAGACGGCCAAUGCGAUCUGCAUUUGGAUUGUCCGAUCAAGCAAAUUUGCCAUGAGGGGAGAUGCAUUUCUAAAUCAUGUCAGCACGACCAAGAUUGCGCUGAUAAUCGUCUGGUUUGCCAUCCGGAUAAGUUUUGCACUGCUCACGAAGAUUUUGUUACCGGAAUGCAUAUGGAAAAGGCACGACAGAUUUCGGUCGUGUCAGAUAUCCUCGAGUCCCCUUUGGCUGUGAAACCCUCUAUGCCAAUUGACGACCAUACCCUACAGAAACUUAUUGGUAUCGAAUUAGUCGGUUUCAGUGGCUUCGAGUGUCUUGUUGGAACUAAAAUGUACACCUGCUCAUUAGACACAACCACGUCCAAGACCGAGAAAAAUUUCCCUAGUCUGGAGGCGCUUCUUCAUGAGGCUUGGGAGACAACCUUGAGAGAUGAGGAAAUCGGCCUGGAGGAGGGAUGCCAUUUUCAGAACACUUGUCCAAAGUCUCGAUCAGCUCGAAGUAAACGCCAAUCACUGUACGACUAUUCGAAUGAGACGUUCUUGGAGAGUGCGCCCCUGAACGCCUAUGGAGAUCAGCCCACAUCAGGGGUCAUCCGUAUUGGUGCGACGAUUGACAUUCCAGCCAAUGCUGGAGUUCAACGAAGACCCUUGGAGCGAAAUCUUCAAGGAGAUCCUGCUUUCAAAGCGGCUUCACUAUACAGUGAUAUCCUCCUCUCAACCACGGAGAAACUAGCCCAUAAAUUAGGCUUGAACCCCAUCCAAGCAGCGGUUGGUUUGGGCCGGCAAAGGGCAAAUUGCAUAUGGAAACAACCUGCUCAAUUAAGGUCGGCCGAGCUCCCUCGGGCUUGCACUGAACAGGGUUUCCGUCAGAUUGGCGUGAACGGAGUCAAUCCGAGAAUUUAUCGCUCUCAUUCGGGAGCCUGUAACAAUCUUCACCCUCGACGGAAGCACUUUGGUCUUUUAUCCUUGCCCUUUGAUCGACUGAUUCGGGGCGAUUACCAUGAUGGUAUAUCAAAAUUCCGUCGAAGUCGGUUCGACGGUUCACCCCUCCCCAAUCCAAGAUCAAUCAGUUUAGGUGUGACCAAGGUCGUCCGAAGGUCGUCUCGAAACCGAGGCCGAAAUCUGCCUGAUCCGAACGUCAACACUUUCUUCGUGUUUUUCGGACAAUUUCUGGCGCACGAUUUCAGCAACACUCUCGUUCGAUCCAUCACUAAUUCCACUCCGGUUUUUGGAGCCGCCCAUACCGCUAGAGGCAGUGGAGCUGCCACGUCUUGCUGUGGACCUCUGCCUUUAAAUUUUGAUGUGACCAAUGUUAACAACACGGCAAAUACUUUUAUCGAAGGAAAUGCGGCUUCACGAAGCUUCUGUAUUCCAUUCAGGAUUCCACCCAACGAUCCCUAUUGGAGCCGGAAAGCGCCCAACAAAAGAUGGCAAUGUAUGGCACAGAUCACUACAGGCUCAGUUCCACCGUUUAGUUGCAAAUUAGGGCCCAGACAAAUCAUGACCCAAAUCUCUCAUUGGCUGGACUUGUCUCAAAUUUACAACUCGAAGAAAAGUUACUUUGACGCCCUCAACGCGCAAUUGAAUACCCCAUUCUUGCGCACGUCUGGCAAUAAUUACAUGCCAUUGUGCUUCACCACGGUCCCUCCCCCCGGGACGCCGGUCAAUUCUUGCCCAGCCUGUUUGCAAAGUGCCAGAAGAAAUGGUUUGGUGAGCAGAGGCAAUUGCUUCAUUGGAGGUGACUUCAGAACCAAUGAAAACCUUGGUUUGGCAGCCAUUCAAACCAUAUUUGUUCGAUUUCACAACUUCGUGGCGAACAAGUUGCCGACAGCUUGGCCCAGUCGAAUUCGCUUGGAGGAGGCCCGACGUAUUUGCGUGGCUAUGUAUCAGCAUAUUGUCUAUAACGAGUAUCUACCUCUUUUAAUCGGUCAGCGAAUGAUGCGCAAGUACAAGUUAUUCUCGAGAAGACGUGGCUACUCCCGCCAAUAUAAUCGAAAUAUGGAUGUUGGGGUGAUGAAUGUGUUUGCCACUGCAUCCUUUCGAUUUGGACAUGCCAUGAUUCCGGAUCAAGUUCAAGUCCUGGAUGAAAAUCUGAGCAACAUCACUAGUCUCAAUGCCCACAACCUUGUGUUUGAUUGGUUCCGAUUCAGGGUCAAUCGAUUUGAGGAAGAUCUUUUGAGGGGCAUGAUUGCAACACCUGCUGGUCGCGUAGAUGGUUUCUUCAGUCGAGCCGCUCGAGAGAUCUUCAACUUUGACGGACCCAGUAUUCCAUUUCCGUCCAAUAACGGGGGCAAUGACCUCUUGGCUUGGAACAUCAACCGAGGUCGAGAUCAUGGUCUUGGGGCUUUUCAUCAGUACGUGAAACUUGCCAGAGGUGAAGAUAUCACUGGAUGGGACUGGUUCGCCAAGAACCUCAUCUAUGGCAGAGCCAUGACCACCAUGCUCAAACAGUUGUACAAAUCCUACAAGGACACUGAUACCUAUAUACUUGGGCUUUUGGAAAAACCUCCUGCUCGAGGAGGUCGGCGACUCCAUGUCCUUGGUCCCACUCAUGCCAGCUUGGUGGGAAGUCAAUUUGCCAGAUUUCGCCGAGCAGACCGAUUCUUUUACGAAGAAGGCACAAGUCGAUUGACUCGAUUCUCACCUCGAGAAUUGGCUCAAAUCAAGCGAAUCACCAUGGCCAGAUUGCUUUGUGACUCGUCUGUGGGAAAAUCGGGGCCUACAAACUUGAAGUACCCUCUACGGGUUUUUCGACGAGUUACUCCGCAGAACCCUUUUGUUCAGUGCACGUCAAUCCCGCAAAUUGAUUGGACGGUGUUCAAACAAUCGUUGAUGGCUCGAGCAAAAGCAUUUGGACGAAAAAAAUAAUACAAAUUGUACUAGUUUUAUUUCGUCACUAAUUUAUCUUUUAAUGACAAAGUACAGCACCUA